GCAGCUUUGGAAAGAAACCAAAUUGCGGCAGCUUUGGGCUACAGUCACCAACCCAGCGGACAACCCCUACAUUGAAACCCACAACAGCAAACAGCGAUUCCGCUUUCCAGCGCUGGCCGCGUCUGCGGUGAUUGGAGAUGAGCGACCCGGCAAACAUCGAUCACUACGACUCCCGCGCGUACACGCGUAAAGGCGCCACACAGCGCGUCGUCGUGCGGGAGAAACCGUUGCUGAAAUCCCGCCUGCAGCGCCUGGCCGAUUACCUCCGUCCCACGACUCGCCACGGUUUCAACGUCGUCUACACCUUUGAGCUGGCCAAGGUGAUGGCGUGCAUUGUCUUCCCUGUCUUUAUGUUGCUGUACUGGAAGCGGGUACAGAAGAAUCUGCCGGACAGCUGGGAGCAGCAGUUCGGUGGUCUGCAACAUCGUCAGUUCCGCGAAGAUCAGCUGCCAGAGCAAGACACCGAUUACUUCAGCAUCAUGGAGAACUUUCAAGAACGUCGAGAGACGGCGCUGAAGAAGAAGCAGAAAGAUGUGGCAGACAACAAGAUUGUGUAG